AUGGCGGAGCAUUGUUUGCGGUUUGGCUUGCCCCACACCAUCAUCACCGACAACGGUCGGCAAUUCAUUGAUAAAAAGCUAAGGGACUUCUACAAGCAAGUAGGAAUACGCCACCUGACCAGCUCGGUUGAACAUCCUCAGACUAACGGCCAAGUAGAAGCAAUGAAUAAGGUCAUAGUAGCUGAGCUGAAGAAGCGAUUGGGAGAGGCCAAAGGAGCCUGGGUAGACGAGCUGUCGCAGAUCUUAUGGGCCUAUCAGUGCACCCCUCAUGGGACGACCUGGGAAUCCCCGUUUAAUCUGACCUACGGGACGAACGCCAUGUUGCCAGUAGAAGUCGGAGAGCCGACACUCCGAAGGGAAAUGCAGGGCAAUACCCACGGGGACAGGUUUAUUUGCCAUAUCUAUCUGGAUGUAAACUGCAAACGGCUCCGAGAAGAGCUUGAUUGGACGACCGAGCGACGAGAGAGAGUGGUCGUGCGAGCUGAAGCAUGCAAAAGGAUGGUGGCGAAGAGAUACAAUGCCAAAGUAAGACCAAAAAGCUUUGUCAAAGGAGACUUGGUGUGGAGAAAAACCAACGAUGCUCGCAAGAAGUCUGCUCAGGGAAAGCUAACGCCGAAUUAG